CUAUUCAAUAGUUCCUUUUUCCAGUUUCGAUCUUAAUUAGUUACACUACCUAUAGCAAAAUCAAACAAUAACUCAUCAGCUUAAUUGUAACAACACCUGUUGAUAACGAAAUAAUGCUUGAAAUAAUUGUCAGUAAUUACUAGGUAUCCGUACAAUAGUACAUAGGUACGUAGUGUUUGUGUUACCGUGUAUCGCAAUGGACGUGAUUCCCGUUAAACGGCCUAAACGAGGUACCGACUCCAAUUCGAUCAACUGGAAGACGAUAGUAAAUAAAAGGAUACCCGUAACGGCAUGGAUUCCACACUAUACCCUGGCGACCUUUUUCCAGGACAUCGUUGCCGGAUUCACAGUCGGUUUAACGGAAAUUCCUCAAGCAAUUGCAUACGCAAUAGUGGCAGGUCUUCCUCCGCAAUACGGACUGUACUCGGGACUUUUAGACUGUAUAGUUUAUUUCAUUUUUGGAACAUGUAAAGACGUAAAUAUAGGACCCACAGCUAUUAUGGCGCUAAUGGUGCAACCCCACGUUGAGAAGUUGGGCCCUGAUAUGGCGGUGCUGAUUACGUUCCUAUCGGGUGCGAUUAUUUUCGUACUCGGUCUGCUGCACUUAGGAUUCUUGGUUGAGUUUUUUUCGUACCCCGUCAUAGCAGGAUUUACAUCGGCCGCGGCCAUACAGAUUGGCUCCUCGCAAAUAAAGAGUCUGCUGGGAAUACCUGGAAAGGCUAACGAGUUCCUGGAAGCUUGGAUUAGUGUUUUCAAGAACAUUACACACAUAAGCUGGUGGGAUUCGUUAUUGGGUGUAUCCACUAUUAUCCUUUUAAUAUUGAUAAAGCAAGUGGGACGCUAUGGAAAUCGUAACAGUCGCCCGGAAUUCUCGACCACCAGAAAUAUUUUAGGAAAAGUGCUAUGGCUAUGCUCCAUUGCACGUAACGCUGUGGUUGUCAUUAUUGGAACGUUAAUUGCAUGGAUCUUAUACACGAAUGGAAUCAAACCUUUUAAAUUAACAGGUAAUAUCGGCAAGGGGUUGCCCACGAUCCAAUUACCACCAUUCAGCACGGUUUUCAAUAACCAAACGUACUCAUUUGUGGAUAUGAUUAAACAGUACGAAAGCAGUAUUGCUUUUGUGCCACUGAUCGCCAUUCUGGAGCAUGUGGCCAUCGCAAAGUCUUUCGCGAAAGGGAAGACAAUUGACGCGACUCAAGAAAUGAUAGCCUUGGGUUUAUGUAAUCUCUCUGGGUCUUUCAUACGAUCAAUGCCGGUAACUGGAUCUUUUACCCGAACUGCCGUCAAUAACGCGUCGGGAGUGCAAACUACUUUAGCAGGUGUUGUAGUUACCGCAAUGGUACUGCUUGCUCUCGGUUUUCUAACCGCCACAUUUGCCUUUAUUCCCAAAGCGACCUUGGCAGCUGUGGUAAUUUGCGCAAUGAUCCACCUUAUUGAUUAUAAGGCAAUCAUCACGCUUUGGAGAACUAAAAAGAUGGAUUUAAUACCCUUCAUCAUUACACUACUGGCAUCUCUUUUAGUUGGAUUGGAAUACGGAAUUUUAAUUGGAAUAUGUAGCAACAUUCUUUUUGUACUUCAUUCAAGCGCGCGACCGUCAAUUGAGAUUGAAAGAGAGAAGUUUCCACAAGGCGACGUAUUCGUGGUAACGCCGAGUAGAAGUCUCCAAUUUCCAUCGGCCGAAUAUCUGAGGGAGAAAGUGAUACAAGACUGUUACGAUCCCAAAGUAACGGUCGUACUCAAUGGAAAGUACAUAAAUAAUGUUGACGCAACAGUGGCGAAAAACUUUAAAGUUCUUGCCGACGAUCUGAUACUUCGAGAGCAAAAUAUUAUAUUUUGGAACUUUAAAAUGAACGUCAGAAAUAUCUGUAAAGGCGUAGAUCAAAAGUUGGUGGACUUUUUUAAGGAUGGCAAUCUGCAGGAUAUUAUCGAGGCAGCGGCACCAAACGGAGUACCUACGCUCAUGGUACGAUUUUAAUUAGAUUUGCGCACUGUUUACAAUAAAUUGUAAAUUUCUGUGAAUCUUUGUAGGCUUUGUAGCCCCCUUAACUACUGUGAUUUUAGAAGAGGAGAAUAUAUUUAAUUUAUUCGACACCUGUGUAUAUUAAUAUUUUAAUAAAUAACGUAUAACUUUAA